ACCCGGGUGCCAUGGCAACGCUCAAUGGCAGCCGUCUCUUCCAGUUUGCACGGAGAAAGUGAGAGGGGGAGUUGAAUGCAGACCCGCUCCCCUCGCUAAUAUUAAAACUCGCUGCUUCUGGCCACCAUGAACGAGGGCCAGGCCCAGGCCCGGAGAUCAGGCUCCUUGCUUACUUCAAGCACUUUAAACCCAGGUACUUCAAGCAGUCUGAGCCAAGAGGAAUCGUUGACUGACUGUGAUCCCUGCGAUGAAAAUGACUACCGCAGCAGCACCAGUGAAGUCAGCUUGCCUGUGCUGGAUUCUCCUGCUGAAAGCUUUGCUACUCCUGAACGCCCACUAACGUCAGUUUUGACUCAGACAGAUCCCAGCUGGCUUCUCAGUCACAGAAAAAUCGUCAAACAGAGGGAUGCAUAUAAAGCAAGAGAUGGACAAGAAUCUACAUCUGGUGACUCCGAAGCCUCAGAAAAGGACAGUGAUCUUACUGUCUCAACCUCAAAAGGGAGCCUUGAGAACCUCAUUGUUCAAACUGAGUUUAUUGAUGAACUAAAACCUGGCAGGUUUGGAUCAUGUCUUUACACGCUGCCCAGUGUUGGACUCCCUACUAUUUUGGCUUAUAAAUAUGAGUCCAGAGAGAAGCCAAUAGACUUCAAAGCUUUAAGCCCAGAGGUAACAGAGAUCCAGUUACAGAAGGUUGCCGAAUUUGAAGGUGCUGGACAUUAUUGGCUAUGGAACAGGAAUGGAGCAAAAACCAACGGAUUUACUCACUGUCGGUUUUGUGGAAAAAUUUUUAAGCCCCUACCUACACAUGGGCAAAUGAGUGGAGAGACAUCCGAACUGCCCUUUUGCUGUAAGCAACAUCAGGACUUGUUUGAGUUCCUAAUGGACGAGGAGGAGCAACUGCACUUGAAGUUUCAAUCGGAAGAGAUUGAUAUCUCACCUCACCUGCCACAUGGUAGUUUACUAGAAAGGCAACGAGCCAAGGAGAAAACGGCAAUGAGGUUACAUAAGAGAACAAUGGAAAAAUAUCUCAAGAAAGUCAAAGAAACUGCACAGAAACCCAGCAGUGGAUCAAAAAGACAGACCACAAUUUCCUUUCAGCUAUCAACUUCGAAGGAUGUGGAAAACUUAAACAAACCAAAAGAGGACGAGGACAAAUGGGACGCCAUUUUCACAGAAGUAGUGGAUGAGACAUUCAGUUGGCAUAAGGAUCUUCCGCUCUCUUUCCUGGUGAAGAACUACCGCAAUGGGAAUAGGUUUCUCACUACAUUUGCAGAUGGAACAGCUCAGAUCUUUUACCCCUCUGGAAACCUGGCCAUUCAGAUUUUUAUCGACACUGAAAAGAAAAUGACUUGCGUCGUGCAGCAGGACAGGGUUGAUGACCCAGCCAUUCAAGCAAUCUUCACUUCCUAUGGAAGAUGUACUUGUUAUCAUCCGAACGGCAUGGUCUGGGUAAAUACUAAUGCUUUCGGAGGGCAUUAUGCAGAUGAAUGUGGCAUCCGGCUGCGGCGAUGGUUCUGGCGAGACCCUUCGUCCCCACUUAACUUCACACCUUUCAAACCGAUUUUCAUCUCUCUGAACAAAAACAUCGGCGUCAGGAUUAUAGAGCAACAGCGGAUCUUCCUUACUUUCUUGGCAAUGGGGAAGCAAGCAAAGUUCAACCUCGGAGUGAACCUGGAGUUUAAAACCCCGACCACGCAAAGCUUUACAAACUCCUGGUUGACAGAGGCUGACCUUCACCUUCAGAACAGCUGGUUAAAAGUUCAAAAAAUAAUCAACAAGUUGUGCGUUGCUCUGAACUUUCCGAGCAAUGACCCAGAGAAAAUUGCACUUCCACUUUAUCUUGUGACCCGGCAACAAAAGCUCGCCCAACUCUAUGCAGAGUUUAAGACGGAAGAAAGCGCAAACGUGAAAAACAUUGCCUGAAAGAAGUUGCCAUCAGCACAAUUUACAUUUAUGUUUGUGCUUGGGGUUGGGAUAGGGUGGGGUAGUCUAUAUGUUAAUAAUAUAAUUUCCUAAAUUUCACUUGAACAUAAUCCUUACUGAUGUUCAAAAUGAAAUGAAAGCUCUCCGAGACAUGGAUGUUACACUGGGUUCAAUAAAAUCACCCUGGUUUUGCCUGUAGAUUUUAGCUGUUUACAAGACAGGCCCCCAAUGGUUGUGAAUUUAUUAGGAUGGAUCUUUACCAAUGUGAGGUAUAAGUUUAUCAAAUAGGUGGGCUGGUGACUCCAAAUAUUCAUCUCUUUUAAGCUACACGUCUUUCAUAUUAAGACUAUUUUGUUUCCCCUAACUUUAUAGUCUUUAUUACCAAGCUAAUUGACAAUUUGUUAUUAAAUCUAUUUUGGAUCAGCAUUAAUCUAAUUUUAUUGCUUGUUUUUCUAAACAUUAUAUAAUAAAGUCAAGCAUCUUUCUGAAGCGAAUUAUAAACAUGUUGUUUGAGGUGUUCCAUCUUCUGUGUUUUGGUAUUAUCGGGUAACUCAUUACAAGGAGGUUGCAAUAUCCCAGAGUGCAGGAAUAAAUGUUCCACAUAUAAUGGCUGCAUCAGCAGUUCCUCUAGCAGACAUGGGAGUAGAUUAAAUGCAGGAGAGGAGAGAAAUGAAAUAUUGCAAAUGAAGGUAGAAUAAUAAACUUUUUUCAGGGUCUGGCCAGGUAUAGGUAUCGAUUAUAAAAUAUGUUUCAAUGGCAAACUGCCACCUUCUUCAGGGAUGGCAGUUUGUCAUCGAAACGUCUGUAAUAAUCGAUACCUGUACCCAGUUGGAAGCCUGAGAAAAGUUUAUUCGUCAGGUACAACGGGAAAGCACUAGAUCCUUUUUCGAAUAUAGAUUAGCCAAGCAUCAGAGGAAUGCAAAACUGGGCAAAAACAAAAACCUCAAAAUAUCUUCCUGUCCUUUAGGCAGUGACACUAACUAUCCAACAAAACUGAAUGAUUUUGAUGAAAGCAGUAUUUAACCAGAGAGUCUACACAAACCCACAGAAGCAAACAAAACAACAUGCUGGGUGAACCAUAUUACCAACUGAGGCAUUAUCUGAAUCUCCUUACUUUAUCCAAACAAAAUGAAAGUUAAAAGUAAAUGUAUUAUCAAAGUACAUAUAUGUCACCAUAUACAACUCUGAGAUUCAUUUUCUUUUGGGAAUAUUCAAUAAAUCUAUAGAAUAAUAACCAUAACAGAAUCAAUGAAAGGCCGCAACAACUUGGGUGUUCAACCAGAGUGCAGAAGACAACAGAUGUAUGAAUGCGAAAAGAAAGAAAUAAUAAUAAAUAAACGAUAAAUAUCAAGAACAUGAAGGGUAAUUCAGCAAAGCAAGAUUAGCCUUGGCUGUUGAAUAUCUUGACAGCAACUGAUGUGCCUACUAUGUGUUUUCACCCAUGUCAAGUUCAGUAUUUUGGAAGUUUUAUUAGGAUGGGUGAGCAGUUUCCCGUGAAAUAAUAAUGCUUCAAACUCUGCUGAUAGAAAUCUUGUUUCAGAGGCAAAGGACAACUUUGGAAGUUUAUUCCAAAAGAAGUUAUGUUUUUGUUCUUCUAAAGCCAUUCAUUUCAUAGUGGCCUUAGUUCAGUGUCCAUCUGUAGAAUUUUCCUUUUAUUUACAUGACACGUCCCCACAGGAAUUAUUGAAUUAACAUGGCCGAUAAUCUCCUGGAGUUUUCUCUUGUAUUUUCAAAUUGUUUUCUUUGCUUGUGUACAAUGUCCUGGGUAUGUUACUCAAAAUGGCCUCUGGUUUGUUACAAGUAGGAAUGUUUCUUUGUCGGAUAAGUGUUUCUCUAGCCGUUGUUUCACUUUAGAAUGGCUGAUAUGGUAAUUGUAUUCAUUUGUUAAUCAAUGGGGAAUGUCAUUGUGUCUUGUGAUGCUGGGAACUUGGGGGAGGGGUUUUCGCGGGUUUUUUGGGAGAGGCCGAGGAAGACACUGAAGAAGGUGGACGUGUGCUGGACUGCUCGUAAGACCACCGGGGUGGUCCCAGGUGCGAUGGCCAGAUGGGUCGAUUGGUUCGUUGAUUGAGCUCCAACAAGUGCACUAAACAGACUGAACUUUGAUAAGUGGCGCCUUUUUUUUU